UGGUGACGUUUUGUGGUUUCCGUGUUUAGCACGUUUUUUGAACCUUGCUUUGUAAAAAUAAUAAAUCUAAAUUGUUUAACAGUUAGUAUGGUUGAUGUUGAAUUAGGUGAAGCAGAGAAAACAUUUAUCCUUCAUGGUGUUCAGGACAAUGUGCGAGGGGAUGGACGCGGAUGUGAUGAUUAUCGUCACAUGGAGAUAGAAACUGGGGUUGUUUCCAACACAACAGGCUCCGCCCGACUCAGGCUGGCUAACACUGAUGUGCUUGUUGGAGUAAAGGCUGAACUGGGAUCUCCAUCACCCGAGCGACCAAACCAUGGCAGACUGGAGUUCUUUGUUGACUGUUCGGCGAAUGCGACACCCGAGUUUGAGGGUAAGGGCGGUGACGAACUGGCGGUGGAGAUCAGCAACAUGUUGGUCCGUGCGUACGACUGCCCGGGCUGUCUGAAUCUCGAGUCGCUGUGCGUCAUUCCUAAACAACAGUGCUGGGUGCUAUACGUCGAUAUCCUACUUCUAGAGUGUGGAGGCAAUAUUUUUGAUGCAGCGUCCAUAGCCGUCAAGGCUGCGCUUUACAAUACCAGAAUUCCCAAGGUGACUGUAACCGAGGAUGAGGGAGGAGAGAUGGAGAUGGAAGUCUCUGAUGAUCCGUACGAUGUUCAGCGUCUCGACGUUGGUGCCAGUCCGUGUAUUGUCACACUCAGCAAGAUUGGACACAGUCACGUGGUAGACGCUAGUCAAAAGGAAGAGGCAUGCUGCUUAGCCAGACUACUGAUGGGGGUGACGUCUAACGGAACUGUGACAGCUAUGAAGAAGGAAGGCAGCGGAAGCCUUGACCCAGAAAGUAUCUUUGACAUGAUGCAGUCAGGGAAGAAAGUUGGUCAAGCCAUCAACAAAAGUCUGAUACAAGUUUUAACAGAAGAAGAGGCACGUGGCACGAAGAAGAAAACACUCGGUUUUCUCAGAUGAUAAACAAGGACUGUACUCAGAUACAAGUUUCCUAAUAACAGUUUGUUAAAUACUUGACACUAAGAAAGCUGUGUGUUCAACACGGAAUUCCAUUUUGAAAACAGAAUGCACAUGUUUGGCAUCCAUUAGCUAAUAAUUAAUUAUGUGUUCUGAUGACGUUAAAUAAAAGGGCGGGACGUAGCCCAGUGGUAAAGCACUCGCGUGAGGCGCAGU